UGGAUUUCAUCGAUACCAACAACAAGACACGACACAACCAUCUUAAUUUCGUAUCUUGGUAAUCCGCGUUUCUUCUUCUUCGCAGCCUCGAUUUUCUUCUUCUUCUUCUUCGCAGCCUCGAUUUUCUUCUUCUUCUUCUUCUUCUUCAACCUCUUCAUGUGAAUCUGUAGCAAAAUCUCGAUAGCUCGACCGCCACCGCCACGCCUCGGAAAAUAUUUUCUUCCCGAGAGCAGUUUUGAAAGGAUUGUGAAGAAUCCACGAAAUGGGCUCGGGGAAAGAGAGGUGUUUGCAAUUUUCAGCUGAAUGGGAAUAAACAUACUCACAAUAGUUCCCAAUUGCUACAUUUUUUCCGAACGAAGUGGCUAACUAAUUUUGAUAAGAAGGACAACCGGAUUUUACUUGAUUGCUAAUAGAAAUAAAGAACGUUUUGGGUCUCCAUGGCUCCUAGUGGCAGUGCUUUGAAAGAAGCCCUAGAAUCUAACUCGACAGGCUUAGAUUACGAGGUUAAGAUGGCUAAAGUGGAGGCUAAUAACAAACCAGCAAAAUCAGGAAGUGGCUCCUUUGGAAAAUAUGGGAUCCAUUCGAGCAAUGGUGUUUAUGAGCUCCUCGAAUGUCUCGUUUGUACAAAUCUGAUGUAUCCUCCAAUUCAUCAGUGCCCUAAUGGCCACACAUUGUGUUCAAGCUGCAAACUGAGAGUGCAGAACACGUGCCCUACGUGCCGUUAUGAGCUUGGCAACAUAAGAUGCUUGGCGCUUGAGAAGGUUGCGGAAUCACUGGAAGUUCCAUGCCGGUACCAAAACUUAGGGUGUCAUGACAUUUUUCCAUACUACAGCAAGCUCAAGCACGAGCAGCAUUGCAGGUUUCGAUCCUACAACUGUCCUUACGCUGGUUCUGAGUGCUCAGUGACGGGAGAUAUCCCAACCCUUGUUGACCAUCUCAAAGAUGAUCAUAAAGUCGAUAUGCAUGAUGGCUGCACCUUCAACCACCGUUAUGUCAAGUCAAAUCCGCACGAGGUUGAGAAUGCUACAUGGAUGCUUACGGUGUUCAACUGUUUUGGAAGACAAUUCUGCUUGCACUUUGAGGCGUUUCAGCUGGGGAUGGCACCAGUGUACAUGGCAUUUCUAAGGUUCAUGGGAGACGAGAACGAGGCUAAGAAGUUCAGUUACAGCUUGGAAGUUGGAGCUCACAGCCGUAAACUGACAUGGCAAGGGAUUCCAAGAAGCAUCAGAGACAGUCACAGGAAAGUCCGUGACAGUCAGGACGGACUCAUCAUCCCUAGAAACUUGGCUUUGUACUUCUCCGGCAGUGACAAAGAAGAGCUCAAGUUACGAGUCACCGGACGGAUUUGGAAAGAAGAAUAGCUGAUAACAAUAAUAUGAUGAUUGAUUCAUGGUCCCAAAGCAAAAUGGGGAAUAAGAAGAGAAGAAAGAAAUAAGCUCAAGUUGAUGAUUUUGAUUGAACUGAGAAACGGAUGGAUGUACAUAGCAGUCUUGAGAGCUUUUUUUCAACAUAUGGGACAAAUUUUCUGGGAGGGUUUUCUUCAACUGUUUUUUGUUCUGUAGCUAUGAGAUGAAAAUCUCCCAUGAUCGGUUGAAAUAUUCUGUUCUUUUUCAAUAUUACAAACUCUGUCUUUCAAAUUUUCCUGUUUCGUUGGAAAGAUAAAGAAGACGAGUGCUUUUUCGUU